AUGUCCCAGCUUUUCUGUUCCGUUCCUUUACUACGCUCGGUCAAAAUAGCUGGCGACUUCUUUGACGAACUAUCGCUUCCUCUUCAUCAACUCACGACCAUCAAUUUCAAACCUCAGCGAUGCCGGACUUCUGAAACAUCCCUGUUCUAUGAUUGUAUUGGUAAAGGGGCGGAACUGGAAUCAUUCACCUUUGAAAGGAUCUAUGAGGGUCCUUCGGACGUGCAGAAAUUUUCGGGACCAUUACCGGAAAUAACCCAUACAAAUAUCCGACAGCUUUCACUGCGAUACGAUAUCCCCACAGAUCUGAAGUAUUGUAUUUUUCCAGCACUGGAGGACCUGUCUCUUUUUGCUUGUCUUCAAGAACAGCAUUCGGGACUCAGUUGUACUGUACAUGAACUUGGAAUGAUCUCCAAAUUUCUGAAGCACUCCAAACCCUGUCUUCGAUCCUUCGCUGUGUACAGGCCUCUGGCUUUACCAGUUUUCAACGAUAUCGCCAUGGGGACGUUUACAUCCCUCACAGAUCUUGUCAUUGCCAUAAACGAGGAAAUGUCAACUGAAAUAGUGCAAAUAUUGGCCGAGCCUUCGUUCGUCCCAUGUCUUCAGCGAUUGUCCCUGCAUAUCUGCUGUACAGCAAGAUCAUUAUUUGAAGAUGAUUCACUAUAUGAUAUGACUAUAUCUCGACACAAAUGUGGGCUGCAAUCGCUGGUCUUGUCGGUUCCAGACACCGAGGCUUUGAGGACCUAUCGCUUUCCGGAUAAUUCUGACUGGAAGGGGUGGUUGUUGCAGGUAUAUAAACUGAAAGAAACUGGAUUGGGAGUGAUCUUCUCAUUGGAUAAAGCAGACUUUUUUGAUGAAGAAGAUGCAUCUAAUGAGUUUGCGAAUUGGCUUAAUGUUUGGACUAUUCUGGAUCGUUUCGCCUAA